GUCCACGAUCGAAGCCUCUGCGCAAUAAGCUGCUGCCAAUGCGCGGCGUAAACGAAAAUAAUGGCGGCGUUAGGCCUAACUCACGAUAAAUAAUAGUCUCUAAAAACAUCGACAAAUUUAGUUAUGGACGAUGCAAACAAAGGCAGCUUUGCCCUUUCAGGUGUAGAUGCAAAGUUUCGUGCAAGGAAUAGCGCUAUUUUCAGUGGGUUAUCUGAUUUGGAAGAAAAACACGAACAAGAAGUUUCAAAAGAUGACCCGUUCUCCGAAAAUGUUCCAGUGAAGAGACAGCCCCGUAAACCGCAGAGAGUUCCACAGCAUGUCUUGCAUCCAGAAAAAUGGACUGAAUACUCUUUAGAAGAGGAUGGAACACAGCAGCUGUGUAAAGAAGGGAAAAUUGGGGACGAACUGAAUAAAAAUGUGGCGCUAAAUUUUCUCGAAGAUUUGCGCAAACGAAAAGAAGACGAGGAUAAAAAUUCUAGUGAAAAUACUUCGAAGGACUUUGUAAAUUGCUCUCCAAGCAGUUCUAAGGGCAUGAAGCGCAAAAGAGAGCAAGUAGAACUGGACGAUGAGGCCGCUUUGAAUACAGAAGGGGUCGGUAACGAGGCUGGGAUAAAUGUAGAAGAACCCUUAGUUAAUUCCUCUGGCUGUGCAUUUCGAAUGAGGACUUAUGAAUUUGGCCAGAAGCAGUCGCGAUCUGCUAAUCUACACCCCCAACCCAAAACAAAUAGCAAAGAGCUGUGUUUAUCCCAUUUAGAUGAUGGGGAAGAAAAGAAUGUUUCAAUAGAAACAAAUGAAGAACAGAUUAAUGAGGAGAAAGAGAAACCAAGAACAAAGUUUAAUAUGCCUAAAAGAGAGAAGAAUAUAAGAAAAAGUAAAACAAUUAGUGAAGAUGGUGAUAUGUAGAGACCUAGACAUACGCAGAAAUUAUUGCUUAUUUAUGCUUUCCUACUGACAUUUAAAUAUCUUUAUAAUUUUUGAUCGUUU